CGACGAGACGCCGUCUGACUCUAUCUGUCUGUCUCUGGUCUCAUCGUCUCGCUGAGCUAACUUGCGUGUUGUGAGUGCGUGAGUGAGUGAGAGAAAUAAGAAAAACAAUGGGGGUAUUCACAUUCGUGUGCAGGAGCAGCGCCGGGGAGUGGACUGCGAAGCAAUAUGAGGGAGAGAUCGAGUGUUCAGCUGCUUCCACGUACGAGCUCCAGAGGAAACUCGUUCAGGCCGCCGUCGCCUGUGACUCCUCUGGCGGUGUCACCUCCUCUUUCUCUCUUGUGACCCCUAAUUCAGCUGUUUUCCAGGUGAUUAUUGGAGGUGGUGGAGGCGGAGGCUUCAUAGGAGGUGGAGCUGCUGCUGCUCCUGCUGGAGGCGCUGCCGCUGCGGAAGAAGCACCUGCCGCUGAGGAGAAAAAGAAGGAAGACAAAGAGGAGGAGAGUGAGGAUGAAGAUAUGGGAUUCUCACUCUUUGAUUAAGCGUCUUCACUGCCUUCUUAUUGGUCUAGUUUUUAGCGAGAUAUUGUUGCGUUGCCAUGUUUCUAUCGCGCUUAGCAGUUCUAUGUUGCACUGUUACCCAAACAGCGAAUUAGAUUUGGACGAAAUUGGGUUUUUGAGUUAGAAAUUUGGCGUUUUAAAGGUGAAUUUGACAAUCUUAUUAAGUAUGUAUGUGGUUUCACUCAUGUUGAGUUACUAUAUUUAAAUUGUGGUUUUGUUUCA